GUGUUAAUUACUGUAUCAUCCCUAGACAGCAGCAUCAAAUCUCAAGGGGAUUGGAGAGGGUGAUUUCUCCUCGUAAAGCAAGGUCCCCGCGAGCUGGGAACAAAGAGCACGUGCAUCGAGGCGUGGAUCACGUGCUACAGUUUCUUCCACCGAACCUGAGUCUUAAGAAGAAAAGAGGAAAGAAGAUUCAACAUCCUAGACUCCAAUGUGAAAUCAAAGGACGCUAGGGUGUAUAGAAGCCAAUUUUCCUUUGGUAAUUGAUUCGUCUUUGGGCUAUUUGCAUCCAGAUCUCAAUCGGGUCGAAACAAAUCUUCUCCUACAAUCGCCCAGUUUUGAUGGGUGAGAUAAAAGUAAACAAGACGAGGAUGCUUAACCAACAAAAAGGUGCCGAUAAACCUUCUGAUCGGAUUGGUCAGAUACUGCCUAGUUUUGUUGCACAGCUCCGUGAGAAAUUUCAGAAGUCCCUUGAGUCGCAUCUCGAGAUACCGAUGAGAAGGGGAGUGAAGUCGGCAACUUCCAUUGUAGGGAAGGAUAAAGGUGCUGACUUGGAUGUCAGUCUAGAGAAGCAAUUGCAAGCUUGGAAAGAAAAUCCUACUUGGGUUGAUCAAUCCCCAUCUAUAAAGGUAACUGUGCCAAAAGGUUCCCUUUGCAACCUGGAUGUGGCAGUUAACGUCGGACUGCCGCCAGAUGCGGUGUACAACAUUGUAACAGACCCUGAUAAUAAGAGAGUCUUCAAGAAUAUUCAGGAAGUAGUGUCCAGAAGGGUCUUGGUUGAUGAAGGUUUAAGGCAGGUGGUUGAACUGGAGCAAGCAGCUCUAUGGAGGUUCCUUUGGUGGUCAGGGACCAUCGCAGUUCAUGUUUUAGUAGAUCAGAACAGAGAAGAUCGCACGAUGAGAUUCAAGCAAGUGAAAACGGGGUUUAUGAAAAGAUUUGAAGGCUGCUGGAGAGUGGAACCUUUGUUUGUGGAUGAAAAAAUUUGUCAACCCUUCAUGCCUAAAACUUUCGCGGACUAUGUUGAAUGUACUGGAGGAAAAGGAAGGGUUGGGUCCAGGGUAAGCUUGGAACAAAUUAUACAGCCAGCUCUUGUCCCGCCGCCUCCUAUUUCCUGGUAUCUUAGGGGAAUAACAUCGAAGACCACUGAGAUGUUGAUCAAUGAUCUACUUGCUGAAGCCGCUAGAAUUCGUGGUGGUUCUGAUUCAAAAAGUACGACAGGAGAGACAACAAAAGUAGAAUCUGAUGAGUUCCAAAUGGAUCAAAUCCUUGACAUAAAAAAAAGAUGGGCCUUGCGAAGGAAAAACGGGAAGCAAUCUAGGAGGAGGUCGACUCCGCUUGUGAAAUCACCCACUUGUGAUUAGUUAGUAAAUUUUUUCUUGAGUUUCUCAUUUGUACUUCACUGUCUUUGCAGUUGUACUAUCUUUGUAAUGAAGGGUGUGGUGAAUCAAGUACAAGGUGUAACCAUGUAUGUAGAAACAGAGGUGUAACCAUUUAUUUGCUACAUUAACGAAUCUCCAUGCCGUUUCAUAUCCUAGUUCAGAUAUUCUCAUCAA